AACAAAACAAUGAUGAAAAGUAUACGGUGAUGAAAAUGGGGGGAAGAAACUCUCUGCUCCUUGUGCUCUUAUUUGCUGGUUUCUUCAAUUUCUCCCAAGCAACAUCAGUUACUUCAAAAGAACCCCAUGUUUUCAGAUCCUUCAGAAUCAAAUCUGAUCAGACCGCAGUUACUGCUGCUAGGAGCUGUUCAUACACAUUGACCAUAAAAACAAGUUGUUCUUCAACUAAAUACACCAGAGACAGAGUCAGUAUUGCUUUUGGAGAUGCUUAUGGUUUUGAGGUGUAUGCACCAAGACUAGAUAAUCCAUCGUCAAGGAUAUUCGAGCGGUGCUCUACCGAUACUUUCCAGUUACGUGGCCCAUGUACUUACGAGAUCUGUUACCUUAACUUGCUGAGGGUUGGAUCGGAUGGCUGGAAACCAGAGAGUGUGAAGGUGUAUGGUCCAAAUCGUCCGCAUAUUAUGUUUAAAUUUAAUAAGUUUCUACCUAAUGGAGUGUGGUUUGGAUUUAAUCACUGUCGUAAAGUGUCUGGUUCUGUCAUUGUGUAGAAACCUGGUAUGUAUUCAACCAUGACCUUGUGGCCAAUUUGUGUUUUGCUGAUUUAAUUGAUGUCUAAGAGGCUUUUUUGAAUAGAUGAAAGUAUUGUUUGGAGAACCAUAGCAGAUUUUGGUAUGUACCACACUCCAUGCAUACCGCUUAUUCCGGCGUAAAGGGUCAGAACAAUUUCCAUUGAAGGAGUCUGAGUUGUGAGUCUUUGAUACUGCCGCUUCUAGUUCUAUUUGUAGUUAUACUGCAAACAGGGCACAGCAUGUAAGUUCUCCCUGUAGCACCACUUCAUUCUAAUAUAGUCCCUCCAUUUCAAUUUA